UCCUCCGCUUAGAUAAACAAACCAAACCUCACGUGGAACACGAAGAAGGAGAAGAAUACGUUGUGUGAAUCGUUUGAGGCCAAACCUAAAGUACAUAAUAAGCAUUUUGCAAACAAGCGAUUUCACAAUGGCAGAGAGGAAGCUAAAGAGGAAGGAGAGUAAGAAAAGGAAAUUAAAGGCCUAUUUCGACAUGGUUGAGAUCAAUGACAACGACGUAAACAUCGAGGCAAAAAAGGAGCAGAAUGGAGCAUUAUUCCAACAUAAGAAAGAGGUAUACACAGAUGAGGAAUACCGCAAGAAGAGGAAAUUUCUGAGAAUAAGAUCAGAAGUGCCACGGAUGAAAUUGAAGGAAGCUGGAGAGUACGGCAGCCUCAAAUUAGACUCCACUAGCAGAACCCCUAUAUUCAUGAGUGAUGUUAGAACUAUGCUGGUGAAUGCUAUUACCAAAACUCAUAAAGUGGCAAGAUGGGCUUGUAUCACAAAUGGGCACAGACUCUCACAGAUCAUCACAGUGAUUGUGGAAGGAAUAAGCAUAAUGGACCUUCAAAAGGCAUCAAAUAGCAGAAUUAACAACAAUGAAGACAUAAGAAGUUCUGAAAAUGACCCAGUUUGGUUGUGUGAAACAUUGCCACGGGCUAGCAAGUGCAUGGAACAGAAGUUGGAAUUACUAGCUCCUUCAAAAUACUCUGAACCACCUUGUAGAGAGCUUUUAAAUGUUCCUCUCUCAGAUACUAAAAAAGAUAAACUAGUUAAAAGAUACAGGAACUUGAAACAUGCUGAAAGAAGUGGUCUUGUACAUAAAGCUGUUGCCAGUCUGUUUCCUCUUGCAAAUGUUAACAGUAAAGAGUUAAUUAAAAAGAAGGAAUGUGACAAUAUACCUUUUUAUUUUGAAGAUGGGAAAAAAUUCCAAAUUCAUGAUAAUUUUGAUAGAAGAAGUUUGCUCUUGGGAGCUGAGGACAUGUGUGACCAUGGCUUCCCAGCACCUGUACCAGGAUGCCUUGGCUAUAAUGAUCCAGAUUAUUCCUUCUCCCAUGAAGAGUAUACAGAGGUGACAGUCAACUCCCCAAUGUUUGGUGUUGAUUGUGAGAUGUGCCUCACAUCUAUAAAGCAAUUAGAACUUACUAGUAUUUCUGUUGUUAAUGAACAAGGAAAAUUAGUGUAUCACACACUUGUGAAACCACAAAACCGUAUCAUCAACUACUUGACAAAAUAUUCAGGAAUCACUGAAGAAAAACUUCGAUAUGUUAAGAAAACACUGGAAGAUGUUCAUAAUGAUUUGCGCAAUAUAUUGCCUAAAGAUGCUAUUCUGGUGGGACACUCACUCAAUUCAGAUCUCAAAGCAAUGAAGAUGAUGCAUCCUUAUGUAAUUGAUUCAUCACUGGUAUACAACCUGACUCACUGUAGAAAACGUAGGUCGUCACUGAAAUUAUUAACAAAAAUGUACCUAAAGAGAGACAUCCAGGAGAGUACAUCGGGUCAUGACCCAAGUGAAGAUGCUAAAGCCUCACUUGAACUUGUUCUGCACAAACUAAAAUAUGAUAUUGCAUAUGGUGAUGUCAUCCAGGGUGCAAAGAUCAUUCAAAGUCAGCAUGAAGUAGAUAUAGAUUCUGAGAAACAAGAGGACACAUAUAAAGAGAAUGAACCAUUUAGUACUGCAGUAGAGGGCAGUCCACAUGCAUAUGCAUAUAGUCUAUUUCAGGUUAAUAAAAGUAUGAACUUAGCCUUGGUGGCUACUCCUGCUGGCAUCAAACACUAUGAAGAACUCUUUUCAAAUACAUCUCAAACCUUGCCACAUGUGGAAGUUGUGGCAGGCAACAAGCAGGUAUCUCAAAAGGCAGCACAGCUAACUGCAGAAAAAGAUUUUAUUGUGAUGCACAUGAAG